UUUUUCCGUGUUCCCCCCCCCCAGAACCAGCGGGACCCGAUGGCCCUGGACAAGAUCAUGCGGGACCUGGACCAGAGCCGGGACGGGACCGUGGGCUUCCAGGGCUUCUUCUCGCUGGUGGCCGGGCUCACCAUCGCCUGCAACGACUACUUCGUGCGGCACAUGAAGCAGAAGGGACGGAAAUGAAGUUUUUUGGGGCUCCCCCCCACCCCUCA